AUGUCCGAGACACAAUACCACCACCACGGCCGCUUCCCGGUUGCAGGCGGGGUUCUGCCCGACGCUAUUACCGCAUACAGGACGUAUGGCGACCCCAAGAACCCAUGCAUCGUCUUCCCAACGUGCUACGGAGGGAGGCUGGACAGCCAGGAUUACAUGGUCGGGGAGGAUAAAGUCCUGAGUACCAAGAAAUAUUAUGUUGUUACUUUGGCGUUAUUCUCGAAUGGAGAGUCCUCUUCUCCAUCUAACACGCCAGCGCCAUACAAUGGCCCCUACUUCCCAGCCGUGUCAUACGAAGAUAACAUUCGCGCACAAUACGCUGUUCUCCAGAAACUGGGAGUCCAGAAGGCCUUCGCAGUCGUCGGUUUCUCUAUGGGUGGUCAACAGGCUUAUUACUGGGCAGUUAUGUAUCCUGACUUCGUCGAGCGCUACGUUGCAAUUUGCGGCUCAGCGCGUACAAGUCCGCACAACCAAUGUUUCCUGGAAGGACCUAAAGCCGCAUUGCUGGCUUCGAAGGACUUCGAUGGCGGCCACUACAAGACCCAGCCCGAAAUCGGGAAACGCGCGUUUGGAAGGGUUUACAGUGCAUGGGCAUACGGCCAAACUUGGUUCAGGCAGCACGGUCAUCUCCAUGGUGGGAAAUACCCGAACCUCGAAUCGUUCCUGCGCGAAGAUUGGGAAGGCGGCUUCCUUGGCUGGGACGCGAACGAUUUGCUCACGCUCUUACACACCUGGCAGACUGGGGAUGUCUCGCUCGUCAGGGAUGGAGGAGACCUAGGAAAAUGUUUGAGCAGCAUCAAGGCGAAGGGGUUGAUUAUGCCCAGUAAGACGGAUUUAUAUUUCCCACCGGAGGACAGUGUAGACGAGGUGGCGAAUCUGCAGAACACUGCGAGGCUUGUGGUUAUUGAUACUGUGUGGGGCCAUAUGGCUGGAGGAGGAGCAAAUGAAGCAGACGACAAGUUUAUCGCUGACGAGAUAACAAAGUUCUUUGAAGAAUGA